CUGGCUGCCACUGCACGCUCCCUCUAGCCCAGUCCAGUCCUCCUCUUCCUCCUCCAGCUCCAGCUCCGUCCAUGUGCCCUGCUGCUGCAUGCGCAGCCGUGUGGGUGUGGCUCUUGCCAUGGUGAGUGGUGCCUGCGGCUCCCUGCAACUGUUGCCACUGCUCCUGCAGUGCUCCCCGUCCAGCCUCUGCUCUGCUAGUGCUAGCUACCACCUCCACCUCCACCUCCCUCUCUCUCCGGCUCACUCUACCGCGCCCUGUCUAUAUAUAUACACGCGCGCCCCCCUUUCCGGCCAUCUCCUUUCCGCGGCUCCCUCGCCCCCGUCUUUUCCUUUCCGCGUGCCCUAAUUUCUCGCUGCGCCUUUGUCCCCCCACCUCCUCCUCACCUCGCCCCCCGUCCCCCCUCCUAUACAUACACACCUACACACGCUGGGACUGGGCGGGCGAGCGAGCGUCCGAGCCGGCCGGCCGCGGAAAGGAAUCUUUCAGCUCACACCUCCCUAUCCCUGCCUCCCCCUCCCGUCCCUUCUCCUGCUAGAGUGACCGAGUGAGCCAGCAGGUCCUUGGUCGUCGUCGUCUUCACCUCGCAAUUAUUUGGGCUCCUCUUCCUUCCUUCUUCCAGGUGCUCCAGCCUCGCUCGACCAAGGACAGGAAGUCAGGAAGCUAAGAGGAGGCCAAGAACUGGGUGAGGGAAGGAAUCGGAGGAUGGUGUAGCCGUGCCUCUCGCAUUAUGAGGUGUGGUGGUGCGGGAUGGGCGAUGGCCUGUGCAGAUGAAGGAGCGACAGCGCUGGCGGCCUGAGGAAGACGCCGUCCUGCGCGCCUACGUCCGGCAGUAUGGCCCGCGCGAGUGGCACCUGGUGGCGCAGCGCAUGAACGUGGCCCUCGACCGCGACGCCAAGUCCUGCCUCGAGCGCUGGAAGAACUACCUGCGGCCGGGGAUCAAGAAGGGCUCGCUCACCGAGGAGGAGCAGCGCAUGGUGAUCCGCCUGCAGGCCAAGCACGGCAACAAGUGGAAGAAGAUCGCCGCCGAGGUGCCCGGGCGCACGGCCAAGCGCCUCGGCAAGUGGUGGGAGGUGUUCAAGGAGAAGCAGCAGCGGGAGCUCAGGGACAGCCGCCGCCCGCCGCCGGAGCCCAGCCCGGACGAGCGCGGGAGGUACGACUGGCUGCUCGAGAACUUCGCGGAGAAGCUCGUCGGCGAGAGGCCCCACCAGCAGGUCGCCGCGGCCGCGCCGCCGCCGCCGCCGCCGCUGCUCAUGGCCGCGCCCGUGCUGCCGCCCUGGCUGUCGCCCAACGCCGGGGCCGCCACGGUCGUCACGCAGCAGCAGCCGCCCAGGCCGCCGUCGCCGUCCGUGACGCUCAGCCUCGCGUCCGCCGCUGCGAUGGCGCCGCCGCCCGGCCCGGCGCCGUGGAUGCCGGAGCGCGCCGCGGCGGAGGCGGCCGCGGCGGCGUACGGGUUCCCAAGCCCUCAGCAGCAGCACGCGCCGCCCCCCGGCGCCGCCGGCGCGCCCGGCAUGGCGGUGGUGGAGGGGCAGGCGCUGGCGGAGCUCGCCGAGUGCUGCCGCGAGCUGGAGGAGGGGCAGCGCGCGUGGGCGGCGCACCGGCGCGAGGCGGCGUGGCGGCUCAAGCGCGUGGAGCAGCAGCUGGAGAUGGAGCGCGAGAUGCGGCGGCGCGAGGUGUGGGAGGAGUACGAGGCCAAGAUGCGCACCGUGCGGCUGGAGCAGGCCGCCGCCGCCGAGCGCGUCGAGCGGGAGCACCGGGAGAAGGUGGCCGAGCUCCGCCGCGACGCGCAGCUCAAGGAGGAGAAGAUGGCCGAGCAGUGGGCCGCCAAGCACGCCCGCGUCGCCAAGUUCAUCGAGCAGGUCGGCUGCUCCCGGCCAUGGUCCGCCGCCACCGACAUGAACUGAGCCGCCGAACUGAACACGACACGCGCUGACCACCACCGCCGGCCACCAUCAUCAUUACCGCCGCCGCUCGACCUGCUACUCCGUUUGACAAUUUCUUGCCUUCUUGGACGCGACAUGUAAAACCAACAGCAAUCAGAUGACGACGCCAUGAAUCUCCCUCUGUUGUUUUUGUUUUCGUUCACAACUGUUGUUAAGGUUCACUCUUUCUCUCUAGUUGGUCAGAAAUUCAGAAUCCACAAAUGCAUGUAAUGCUGCUGUUGCUACCUGUACUGUCUUUUUUUCUUCGCUCCAAGCUUACAUCUUUCCUGUCA